AUGCCAGGUGCUUCUACAAACGGGCCCAGAGGUAGCAGAUCGUGUGAUACAAUUUACUACAGCAAGACUACGUUCAAGCCGAAGACAACUAUUGACGUCACCACGCCCACACGGUCGUUUGUCGAGGGCGUCGAGCCUGUGGAUGGCGAAGAACCAGCGAUUCGGUUCGUGCAUCUGGACAUCGCCGUGUCUAUCAAGGCAUUGUGCUCGUUUGCCGUCGACAUGACCGACACCAUCGAUAGCGACGGGAAGCCCCCUGCGGCCCCGGGUGGCCUCGGGCCGUCGCCACGAGGUAUGCUAUGCAGGGAAGGCUUGCGAAGGCAUGCCACGCACAGUCCUCGCCCAGAAUACCAGCGUAGAAGCGUCGAGGCGGGGUGGAAUGCGGGGGCACGCCCCGGCAAAGAAGGGUGCGGCGUCUCGCGGCGGGUGCAGACCGGGCCUGUCCCAGCUGAAGGAGCGCUGGACUUCUCUUCAACGGCCGCGAUCGCGGGAAUCGCCUCGCUUUCGCCCGAGCUUCAGCCGUAUAGCGAUGCUGAAGGUGUUGAUUUCAGGGACAGCACUGGAAUCGGUCCGAGUUCCUUUGCAGAAGAAGCGGCGGGGAGGUGGAUGAUGGCGUUUUCUGUCCCUCCGACGCUGCGAAGCGACGAGCCGCCGCUUGAAUGGCAGAUGAGGUCCGAUGGUGCGAGCGGCGACGUCGCCGAGGACGAGCGCACUGACAUUUGGCAAUGCGAAGCGAGCACGAGAGAGUCCAUAGGCGGUCUUCCUGAUAUCGAGCAUGCGAUUCUCGCAAAGUCCCAGAAGGGCUGGCGUGGUCGUGCUGAUCCCGGCCUGAGGGCAGAUAAGGAGCGCAAAGAGCGCAAUGACGGGCAGGCGUUCGCUGCUACGAAGCUGCAUCGGGACGAGUGCGCGUUAGCUUCAGUGCCCAUAGGCACGCACAUAUUUGCUGUUGCAUGUGCAUAUUCUCCAUAUCGCGAGGCUGCCCUCCUCGUCGCAGACCUUGCAUGCCCCAUCGGAGCUGUCUGGGACAGCGACGGCAGAAUACCCAUGCUGAGCGCCGACGCGCACGGGGCCGGCACGGGGAGCACGGACCUGCACCCGCAUAUCGACGGAAUUGGUGCGGGCGCAGUCUACCCGCGCAACACGGGCCACCGAUCGAAAGAAGUCCAGCGGGAUCCCGGACACUCUCCCCACUGGACGGAACACCGUCUGCUCGUGCUGUCUCUGCGUCGGAUGACGACGAACGAUUCUGCGGAGUCCUUCAGAAACGACACGACGCACGUAUGA